AUGAGAUCUACAAAGAAAGAUGACAUGAAAGACAAAUCCUCCCAUAAAUAUUUUGCUCGUAGAUGGGUUCGAUCCCAAACAACUCGCAGUUAUAUCUCACCUUAUAAAGCAUUCGCCAAUCCCGCUCCACGCAAGCAUAACUCGUCUUCCGCCAAGCCUCCAAGGAAAUAUACAUUCCCUUAUAACAAGCCUAUUAUGCCCACACCAACCCCUCAAGCUCAAGAUCCAGCUCCAGCUCCAGCUCCAGCUCAACCAACCACCAACCCCAGCAUCCAAGAUCCCCGAUUUUCCUUCACCUACAUCCUUAACACCCCAACUACCCACCCCCAUAACCACCAAACUACCACUUUCCAAAAUCUCCCCUCGAAAAUCCGCCGCAGAAUAUGGAACUACUCACGCUCCCGUACAAUUGGUAUCACCAUAUCCUCAGAUCACAUAAGUAGUCGCUCACCCAGUCCCGUAACCUUCCGCAUCAAUCGGGAAAGUCGGAACGCAAGAAAAAUCCACUAUAAACACCAUCCGAGCUUUUAUAUUCUCGGUACAGAAGAUACUGAAAAAAUUCAUUAUCCGUUUUUUGACCCGGAGGUUGAUAGUGUGGUGGUAGUAGAUGCGUUGAUGGGAGGUAAUGCGGCGAUGAAUAAGAUUGUUGGGGUCAUUGAAGCGGAUGCUGGGUCUAGUGGUAGCAGGUCUAGUAUUUUUCGUGAUGGGUGUAGAGAGAUGGAUUGGGAUUUUGGGGAUCCUUUGGAUGUGGUUCAAUCUUUGCAUAUUCCUGCUCAUGCUUGGAAUUGGGGAGAUAUUGGUAGGACUCUGAGGGAAAAUAUGAGGUUUAGAAAUUUAAGGGAAAUUGUUUUGCAGGGUAGAGAGAUAGGAUUGAUUACUAAAGAAGAUAUUGGGAGGUGUAAAGAGGUUCUGAAUGCUUGCUUCGAGAAUUGUGUGGAGGAAAUUGCGGAGGACGAGAAUAGUAAUGCCGGAACUCGUCGAACACAUCCGGGAGAAGUGGAAGCGAAACCCCUUCCGAGAAGGAGAAUAAAAGUUCCUGAAAUCAAGAUCUUUAUGCCCAAGGCUCUCGGUCAUAAAUGGAUGUUCGAAGAAGAGAGGUUAGGGAUGGAAUCAAUUGAAGAAAGGAAAUGGGUGAUGAAUUUUAUUAGGAAGGUUAAAGCAGAUCGUUGA